AUGGAAAAACAGAACUCGCUUAGGCUAUAUGAUAGCUCUAAACUCAAAGAAUAAAUUAAUUUAUAUAAUAUUUAUGAUAGCUAGUCUUUCAAAUAAUCUAAUUCAUUAUAAAAUGAACAGUUCAGAUACGAGUAGGAAAAAAAAAGAGUGGAAAAUGGCUUAAAAUAAUUGCUUGAAGUUGAAUAUGACGAUUAAACUGAUUACCCAUUAGGUAUGACUGCAAAAUCAGAUUAUCUAAAAAUGAACAAUAAUGCAUCUUAAACCACAUCAAGAAGUUUUCUUCACUUUAAACCACCUCUUUCUACAAAAGGGGGAAAGAAACAAAAAUUCUUCUUUACUAGCAAUAACAAUCCAGAUAAGAGCGAAAGCGUUAUUAAUAAGACGAUCUGCAAUAAUAGUAAAGAGAAUAUUAGCAUAAAUUAGACACUGCAUUCAAAUAAAAGUUUAAUCAUUGAAAAGAAACAUAUUAGAUAAUCGUCAGUAGGAGCUAUUUCAGAUUUGAAUACUACUAAUAAUAGCAAUUAAAACAGCAGCUUUCGUCUAGUUAAAAAGCAAAGCUUUUCAUAGCUUGAAACUUUAGAGUAGAUGAAGUAGAAGAAGAGCACUGAAUAUAUUUAUAAUAAAAUGGGUUUAAAUAAUCAGGCAAUAGCUGAAAAAAUAUAAAGCAAAAUAAUAAAGUAUUCACCAAAUAUUAAAGUUUUAAAUCAAAAUAAUAUGCCUAUGUUUUUUAACAAAGAGAAUACAAGCGAUUAUCGCUAUGAAUAAUUCCUUAAUUAUGAAGACAGUGAAGAAAAUAGUUUGUGUAAUACUAAUAAUAAAUUAAACAUAGCCAACUAUGACCUCAGGUCUGGAGGAGAAGAUAAUGAUUAAGAUGAUGAAAGCAAAUUACUUUCUCUAAAUUUUACACUUUCAGAUGCUAAGAGUUAGUUUUUGGUUUUAUCUCAUAACAAAAAAUAGCAGCAAAUAAUUCAAGAUCAAAUUUUAUAAAAAUAAACUCUAUUCGCAACUAAAAUUCAAAAGAAUAUAAGAAGAUAUAUUUAAUAAAAUAAAUAUUAAAAAUAAAAAAAGGCUGUUAUAUUGAUUUAAAGAUACUAUAGAAAAAUGAGAUAAGUUUAAGAAAAAAAAAUCAAAGAUCAUCUAUUUGUAUUGAGCGGAUAGUAAAAAAGAGUAUUAAAAGAGUUAGAAAAUUUGAAUUCGGUAGAAACUCAACUUAAUAAUAUAUAUAAAAAUAAUAAGCGUGUUUAAAAAUUUAUCAAAAAGAAUCAAUCUAGAGUUUUUGAAUAAUUUAGCGCAUAUUUUUCAAAAUAAUAAUAAUAAACGACUAGUAGCUAAACCCAAACUGAUUUCAUUCAAACUAACAUUUAAAAUAAAAUAAGUUAAAUUAAUAGCUAGAUCUCUUGUUUACAAACCUACUAAAUACCAAAGUCAAUCAUAUGUUAAUUAUAAAAUAAAAUUACAGAGUUAUCUCUAGAUUUUAGCAUGUCAACAAUUCAUGCUAACAUAGAUAUUGAUUAAAUAACUUAGCAAAAAGAAAAUAUUUAAAACUCAAACCACUAUUCUAUUAAAAAGAAAGAUUAGAUAGAACAAAAAGGGUCUUAAUCAAGCUUCGUUGCAAAUUCUACUUCACAUCACUUCACUCCUUAUAAUCACGCUAGCAACAACGAAGGUUAUCUUACAACUCAAGAAUCAGAAAACUAAACAGAGAGAAUAAUCAAUGAAAAUUGCAGAUGCUCAUCUUAAAAGAUUAUUCAAAGACUCAGAGAUGAACUGAGAUAAAAAAUUGAAUACGACAGCCUAAAAGAAACAAAUACUUAUAAAGAACUCUUAUACAUUUAGGAUGAACUACAUAAGUCUAAUUUAUAGCAUAAAUCUCUAAUGGUUUAAAUUAGUGAAGCCCUAAAGAAAUUCGAAAUCAAAAUAAUCUCAGACUUAACAAGCAGUAAUUAAGAAAAUUUUGAAUUAAUCAAGGACCUAUAACAAAUAAAUGCUUUUAUUCAAGAUUCAAUAAUGUUUUGUUCACCAUAAACUGUAAAAAGAAGAUAAUUUUAUGGAGUAAUAAGUUCUAAUGAUUCUUCAUCUGGCAUUUCAAAUAAAGCUAUGCCUCAAAAUAAACCUUAUGAAUCAAGAAAACUGGUUUUUGAUUCUGCAGGUAGCGAUAGAUAAUUUUUAGAUUACAAGUUUAAAAAAUACAAAAAGGAAAGCAGGUUUUAUGGUGUUAGUAAAUUAUGUGUUUAUGAAAAUAAAAUCUAAAAAAACUAGCUAUUAAGUAAUUAGCAUACAUUUAAUUAAAUAGCUAAAUAGAUUAUGAAUUCUCGUUCUAACUCUCUUAGUAAAAUCGGUAAUGCUACUCUAAAGAAAGAAAGCAUAUCCUUUAUUAUCCUUAAUAUUGAUGCAAAAUUCUAAGAAAGCUAGGUUUAAAUUAUAGUCAAAUGCUAGCAGGAUAUUUACUUCAUUGGCUUAAAUCAACCAUUUACUUUUGAUAAUGAAAGUAAGCUACAAAUAUAAGUUGUAAUGAACAAUAAAUUGUUUGGAAGUGUCUCGUUUAAACCUAAAGUUCUGAAUAAAAUUCCUAAUAAAUCUAUUAAAUGGAUAUCAUUAUUAGAUCCAAGUGAUGAUUUUUAUGAUGGCGAUUUUAAUGAUGAUGACAUUGAAGGUCCAAGAGUACUGAUUCAAUUUAAUAGAUAGUUAAAGUAAGAAGAAAAGCAUAUUUAAGAACAAUAGAAUAAUACUUAGAGGUUUAUAGAAAAAACAAAUGAAUAAUCUGGAGUGUUUACAAACAGAAGUUCUAUUUUAAAGGAAAUAAAUGGAGAACUUAAAUCAAAUAGAACAUCUCACAGAGAAUCUUAAAAUUGUAUUUAUAGCUAACAAAAUCUAAAGAAUGUAUAUAAAUAAGGCUUUAAUAUGAAGCUGAUUAAUGAAGAUUUAUGUGAACAAAUAACCAACAAAGAAGAAUUUAUCAAAAAAAUGAAUGAAUAGGUUAGAUUUUACAAAGUCAAAUUAGAAUUUAAGGAAAAAGAAAAUGAAGUCCUUUCUUAAAAUAUUUAGAAAGUCUAAGCUUAAUGUAACAGUUUACAAAUGUUGAUCUAGUAAGACAGAAUUUAGAAAGAAUCACUUGAAAUAUCUCUAAAAAAUGCAGAAAGUAAAAUACAAAAGCUUACAGACUAUCUUAUUGAUCUAAAGGAAAAGCAUUAAAAAACAUAGUUAGAGAACGAAUAACAAAAAUAAAAAUUAAAAGAAUUUGAAGAAAAAUAAAAUUAAGAUGAAGAAAAUGGAUAUUAUAAGGAAUAGUUGGAAAAGAAAAAGUUGAUUAUAGAAAAUUUGAGAUAAUAAAUAUAAGAAUUUUAAGAUAGUGAUAAUAUAAAAGAAAACUAAAUUCAUAACCUGGAGAAAGAAUUAUGUGAUUUUAAGAAUAAAAUAUAAGAGUAAAAUGUAGUUUAAAUCAAAAACUUAGAUGAUGAAAAAAGCUAAAAAAUAGAGUAGUUGAUUGAAGAAGUUAAUUCAUAAAAAAACCAAGUAGAUUCUCUUUUAGAAUAAGUUAAAGAAGUGCUCGAGUAGCAGAGCAAUUUAAAAAAAGAAAUUGAAGAGAAAAAUAAUUCACUAAGUCUAAAAGAAUAAAAAGAACUUUAAAUGAUAGAGGAUAUAGAUAAAUUAAAGCAAGAGAUAAAUGAUUAAUGUUAAAUGAUCUAAGAAUAGAGUUAGCACAUUAAAAACUAAGCAAAAUAAAUAAAUGAAUAAAACCAUCUAAUUCUCAAAUUCAAAUAAACCUAAGAAUAAUAAAAAGAAAAAACAGAUAGAGAGGCUGCUUAUAGAAAUUAAUUGGAUAAUGAAAAUAAAAAAUUAACUCAGAUAUUCUUAGAUUAAAAAUAAAAGUAUGCCGAAUGUCAAGUAGAAAAUAAAAAAAUACUAGAAAAUUUAGAGUAAAAAGAAAAGAAAAUAAACUAAUUAUCAGAAGAAAAUCAUUUUUAAUAAUAAGAAAUAUCAAAAUUGCUGUAAUAAAACAAGGAGUAUUAAGGAAAUCACAUUCAAUAAUAAUUGUAUAUGAAUGAAUAAUCAUAAUAGUUUUGGUAAAAAAUUCCUAUAAAAAUUGCAGAUCUUGAGAAAGACAUUGCUGAAUAUAAUUAAAAACACCAUAUAAAUCUUCCUUUCUAAUCAUAAAGCUAUGUUCAAUAAAAUACACAUUAGGUUGAAACUCCAACAAUUGGUUUAGCUACAAAUUAACAAGAAGAAUCUUAGAAAACUGAUUAAUACUUGAUGAUCAGCGGAAAUACAAAUUAAUAUUAUCAAUCUUAAACAGUUACUCCAUUUUUAUAAUUAAUGAAUAGCAAUAAUGAAAAUUAAAAAUAAAGAAAUAUGGAAGAAAUGAACUUACCAGUUUAAGUAAAUAAUUAUAAUUAAACCAUAAAAAACUAAGCAAAUAAUAAACCAAUGACUCAUUCUCCUUUUAAUGGUUUAUACUUCUGUGAAGAAUCUUUCAAUUUAAAUAAUUAAAAUGAGAGUCAGUAGUAGCUUUAGAUAAACAAACCAAUAUUUAAUUCAUAAAAAAAUGAUAAUGGCUUUAAAAAAUAACUUUGUAUUAGUUUCAAUAAUAAAUCUAUUGAAUAGCCAACUGAGUCUUCAAAAAAUGAACAUAUUGUUAAAAAUGACAUUUUAAUUUCAGAGCUUAAAAAUAAAAGAUAAUAAUUUAGAGCUUUAAAUUCUAAUUUGAAUUUGUCAUCACCACUUAUAAAAUAGAACUAUUAGGCUAAUAAAGCUAUUUCUUAGCAAAAUAAAGUUGAGUUAUUAAAGGUUUAAAAUAGUUUAAAUGAUAAAUGUUUUCCUUAACUCUUAAAUGAAACCCAAUAAAUUUAAUAACAAAAUUGCUCAGGAGCUAAAACAAAAAGAAGUUUGAGUAUAAAUUAACUCUCUGAUGCAAAGAAUAAAAAAUCUCCUUGCUCUUCAAGUCAAAGAAGGAAUAGUACUAACAUAGAUACAAAAAGAUGGAAAAUAUGA